AUGAGGUUCGUCCAUGCCAAAAGAUACAACCGUUGCAGCUGUUACUACACCGUUGUCGAAACCGGGCACUGGCCGAGAUCACGGCCUUUCCUAAGCUUCUCUUCUGGGGCUGCAAUAUUGGUAUAAGAAAACCCAGAGCAAAUGAAAGCUUUAGCAGCCUCCUCAUCUCUCUCAUUAUCCAACCCAAGAUGGCCUCUCAGCUCCCCAUCUCCACACUUUCCUCUCCAGACACUCAUCUCUGCCUCCCUUCCUUUUCCUUCUAUCUCCUUCCAGGGUUCUUCAUCAAAGCAACUGCCACACCUUACAACAAAGAAGGAGAGUAGUUGGAGUCCUUUGAGGUCCUCCCCAACUGAAGACCCAUUGCCAGAUCCUUCAGAGAGAUGGCUUCUUGAGCCCAUAGGCGAUGGAGAUACACGACACAUUGGAUUCCGAGUUCCACUUCCUGGUGCAUUUGAGAUAGCUUCCGAUGUGGUGACCGUAGGCCGCACUCCAGAGAAAGCAGAUAUCGUAAUUCCUGUUGCUACUGUAUCUAGUGUACAUGCUCGGCUCAAGAAAAGGGAUGGAUCCUUACUUGUGAUGGAUUUGGACAGUACAAAUGGGACAUAUGUCAAUGACCAGAAGCUAAAACCGGGAGCUGUGGCUGCUGCUUUUCCCGGGAGUUCUAUAACAUUUGGUGAUACUCACUUAGCAAUGUUUCGUGUUUCAAAGAUCGAGGAGGCAGAACUCACCAGCAAAACAGGUGAAUCUGAGAAUAGACCUGAGGCUGAUGUAUCAACUGAUAAUGUGGAAGCAACAAGUGGAGAGUAGAAACUUCGAUUUUAAAUGAUCUCAAAGGAUGAUUUCCUUGGUGAUUCUAUGUGGAUUGCUCAAUAAAAUCCCUUUGAUUUUGUGAAUUUUUCGAAGCAAGGGUUAUGGGAACAUUGGGAGAAUUUAAGACAAUUAGGCUGUAAAUUGUAAUAAAAUAAGUAAAAGUUUGAUUUGAUAUAUGUUAAUGAUGGAGAUUAGGAA